AUGGUGUUCAACCAGGCGCCAGAAGGUGGACGUCGUUAUUCCACAUGUUUUUCAAAAUACCCUCCUACCCCAGUAAAACCUCUCUCCGCAUCUCGUCGGAAAACAGUUUUUGGUAAUUACUCAGCAGUUGUUCGAAUGUCCAAAUUGCUCAAUGACUUCAGCGAUUCAAUAGAUAUAACAUUGAGUGAUUUGGAGUUGCUUCAAGCCCUAAAAGAUGAAAUGAUUGGCGAGGGACCCCAGCACCUUGUUCAAGAGGAGGAUGCACCUCUGUUGAACAUUCCUUUCAAGAAAUGUGUGAAGCCGAUCCACCCCUAA